CAGAAGAGGAAUGAAGGAAGAGGGAAAAGCAGAACGAGAGAAACCACAAAACUGCACCUGAACUUCAGGAGGUAACCAGUCAGCCAGGUAGUUCGUCAAACCACGAAGUUAGGUAGUUUGUCAGUUAAUCAGUUAGUCAGUCAUUUAGUAAAACUUCAGUAAAGUUUUUAGUUGACUGGUUAUUUUGUUAUUUAGUCAGUCGGUUAGUUAGUUUGUUAGUUAGUUAGUCAUUAUUCAUUCAUUCAGAUAUUAAUUUGGGUAGUCAGUCAGUUAGCCAGUUAGUUGGUUAAGAGUCUUAUAGUUGGUUCAAUGGUUGGUCAGUCACUUAGUUGGUGGUUAGUUAAUCAUUUAGUCAGUUAAUCAUCUAGUGUGCUAUUGGUUUAGUCAGUCUUCCAGUUAGUUAGUUAGUGAGCCAAUCAGUUGGCCACUUCUAAGUUUUACUCAGUCAGUUUUUCAGUCAGUUAUUCAGGCGGGAAUGCAGUUAGUAAUUUAACAACCAAGACAACAACAGCAAGUCAGAGUCACCCAUCCACCCCUGCAGCCAGUCAGCUGGUCCGUGAGGGGAGUGACUUUCUGCUCUGCUGCCUCCAGCUGAAUGGUAGUCAGUCAUCCACUCAUCCAGUGAUCCAGCUUCCCACUCAGUCAGUCAGUCAGUCAGUCAGUCAGUCAGUCAGACAGACAGACAGUCGGUGGGUGUAGAUGCAGGGCUGCUGGUCAGCUGCUCGGGACGCCUCAUAUCUUCCUCAGGAUCUCACACUGUUGAAUCAGCAGAGGAGCCGCAGAGAGGUUUAUUGCGGUCAUCACUAUGACUGAUGGGGAUUAUGACUACCUUAUAAAGCUCCUUGCCCUGGGGGACUCCGGCGUGGGGAAGACCACCUUCCUGUACCGAUACACAGACAACAAGUUCAACCCCAAGUUCAUCACCACAGUCGGCAUCGACUUCAGGGAAAAGAGAGUGGUGUACACGGCGUCCAACCCCAAUGGGACGACCACAGGGAAAACCUUUAAGGUUCAUCUUCAGCUCUGGGACACAGCUGGACAGGAGAGGUUCCGCAGCCUGACGACGGCGUUCUUCAGAGACGCCAUGGGGUUCCUGCUGAUGUUUGAUCUCACCAGCCAGCAGAGCUUCCUCAAUGUCAGAAACUGGAUGAGCCAGCUACAGGCCAACGCCUACUGUGAGAACCCAGAUAUUGUGUUGGUAGGAAACAAAGCAGACCUGGCCGACCAGCGGGAGGUUCAGGAGAAACAGGCCAAGGAGCUGGCAGAUAAAUACGGGAUCCCGUACUUUGAGACGAGUGCAGCGACAGGAGCAGAGGUGGACAAGGCGGUGAUAACACUGCUGGACCUGGUCAUGAAGAGGAUGGAGCAGUGCGUCGACAAACCGCCCGCCGAGCCCGCCAACGGGAACGGGGCCACAAAGCUCGGUGAAGCACAGCCCAACGAGAAGAAAUGUGCAUGUUAGAUCGAGAGGCGAAUCAGGAAAACAACCAGUCAGCGCUCCUCCAUUAUCUGUCCUUUCUACUCGUCACAUUCCCUCUGUCUUUUUGCUUUCCUCCCUCUGUCAUCUUUGAUUGCAUGUUUCUUUGUCUUCUCUUCACUUCCUCCUCUCUAAAACUAGCCUUUAACCACCUUCUCAAUUCUUUCUUUUCCUCCCAAACUGUCUGCCUCUCUGGCUACGAAACAACCCUACCCCCCUCUAGUGGAUAUUCAAGAUAUCACAGUCUCAGCCUGUCUGCCUCUCAUCUCGGUUUAGGAAGUUAAAACAGGAGGGGAGAGUUUCAUCACUGUCAAACACAUGAUGUGCCUCGUUAAAACAUGCAGCCUGGGAAUUAAGCUCUGCGUGCUCCCACUUUCUCUGCUCACAAGUGGUUUGAAUGAUUUAAAUGGCUCUAAACAGAUGUUUAAAACUUUAAUUUCAACUCUUUUCAUCACUUUGUAUCAGGGGAAAGAUUUUGCUUCCUGUUUAGGUCGUACAGUCUAAUCUGGGCCAUAAAGAGUUUAACAUCGAGCUGUGUAUCUGUAUCGAUUCCUGAAGCCUUUCCCCCUGGACCAGGCUGAGCAACUGUGUGACAAAUGUGUUUUUAUUCUUACUUUUUCCCUGUUUCACACUGUGUUCUAUGCUGUACCCGUAUUUGUCAAAAAAAUAUAAUUUUUCACAACAGUUUUGCGUGGUUCAGUGAUGCUAGACGUUUGCUAAAAAUGCAUCAAAUUGUGUUUUGUAUAAUUAGCUACGGGGUCUUGUAGGAGAUCUUCAACAUCUGAGGGAUAAUGGCUGGUGACAGGUGAUUAGCAGAGGAGGGUAAAAAGCCCGUGGAGUUUAUUUGUGGCAUACCCCUCACUGACAUGUAUUAGCAGCUAAUGUAGCUAGCCACAAACUAGUUAACGUAGAGUAGCCUACAGUGCCUGGCAGUGUUAGCAGUGAGGCGGGCUGCAUGCUUAUAUUAAGAAAAGCAUCUGAGGAGUAUUUUUGGAGUAAAGACACUAUAUAUAGUUUCAGUAACUUUCAAAUGGAAACGCAUCACAUGGGGGAAAAAAACUUUUUGUAUCAGUCUUCCCGCCACACAGCCAACAUCGUAUUAUCCACAACAGCUCUGUUUGUUCAAGGUUGUUGUGACUGUUGAGUAAUUACUCUCUGUGCCAAGACUUGUAGUUUUCUCUGGAGGAGCACUCAUCCAUCUUUAUAUCUGACUUUUGAUACCAAAACAAUAGCAUGUGGAAAAUUAAGCUUACAUACACUGCUGUUUUCUUUUUUGUCUGUUUGUACAGAAUUGCCAUAUGAUUGAUUAGAUGAUUAGAAAUAGCAUUUUUUUGGAUACUUUGGGUAAUUUUACAUUACAUAUAACAUUAAAUUUUUACAUAUACAUGUUGGACACGGCUAACCUCCAUGAUGGUGUCAGACUUGGCUGAUUGCAGGUUUCAUAUCGUAGGAUGAAUAUGGGUACAGCAUGUUACAUGUGCAAUGGAGGAAAACAGCCUACAUUUUAUAUCAUUAAAGACCAGAUCAUAGACCAGGAGAGACGUAUUGUUCCAAAUUGAUCUACUGCCUUGUCUUUUAAAGCGUUAUUCCACUGUGGAAGGACAGACUUAAUCUCUGUUGGAGAUUGAGGCAUGUCAGCUAUAUUGAUUGCUCUGGGGGUCCAGUGUCACCAUCACUUACUAACAUUUAACUGAAAACUUUAAAGAUAGAACCAACUUGGCAUUUGAGUCAGUUAUACCUGCACUGAAAGGUGAGUGGAGAGGAUAAUCUUAUCUAAUCAGAAUCCUUUUUUUUUUUAUCAUGGAAAUCAUGAAACCUUUCUGAGAACGGAUAAAAUGCCAAACGUCAGUCAGGUGACGUUAGAUCUCCAGGGCAGCUGAUUUUAUAGUUUGACCUUCUGUUUUAACAGAUAAUCAGACAAAGUGAAAUAUCGCUUUAAGGCCCCAUACAUGACCAAUGUUGUUAGAGUAUAAACCAAUUAUUUAUAUUAAAAGAAAUGUAAAACUAGUAUCUCUGUUUUCAUAUUUCACAUUUUUUCUCAUAUCCUUCUCACACUCAUUUCUUCUUUUUGAUGUUUCAUGUCCAUCAGGCGCAAAUGAUCUAAACUGCAUUUAUAUAUGUGAUAUAUUUUUUUCAUUGCUAUUGUGCUCUUAUCUAAUCCCAUAAUUACAAAUUUAGUAGCAUAAUGUGUCUCUAACCUGAAGAAUAUUAACUCCUGAAGAAAUACAGUAGAAAUAAUUUGCUCAACACUUGAAGUGACUGUGGACCGACUUUUUGUCCUGACCGUUGGUGUGCAGAAAACCCAGUGAAAUCGUGGCAUAGUGAAACUAAAUUCCACUUCAGAGUUCAGUGUAAAAGGAUGCUGUUGUACCAUGAUGCUUGAGAACACUGAAAAACAUCCAUCAGUAGAAGCCAUUUAGAUGGAAAUGACUAUAAAAAUACAGUUUAAGUGUCAUAAUCAGCUUCAGUCCUGAGAUAAUCUCUUUUGUUUUAAUUGCAUCUAAACAAUUUUCCUCUUGUCAAGUAACACCUUGAUCUGCCUUACUUCAUGAAAAAUCUUGAGGUGCACCAGAAUCAAGGGAAAUUAUCUUUUUCCAUCAUUGCCAUUAUUGCUUGCCACCUGCUGCCAAUUAAACCUCAUUUUGUCUUUCAGUUUUUGUCCCAGCUCACAGCUGUUUAGUGUUAAGACAACUGCAGGUUGGUUUUCUAAGCAGUGACGCCAAAUGGGUCAACAGUAAUGUUAAUGGAAAGCUAAAGCAUAGAGCUUUGGCUUCACCUCAUCACAUAUAUUUUAUCUGACAACGAAGCAUUUGAUUUCUUCAAACUCAAACCUCAUUCUGCUUUUCACUCAGAGAGAAAAAAACUGCCGUCACAGUUAAAAAAUAUAUGUUUUUGUAUCUGUUCUGUAUUUGCCAACAGCUGAUCUCAGUGCCAUAUUAAACACUAAUAAGGAGAUAGAUGGAUAGACAGACAGAGCUGGCUCAUAUUAUAACAAAGUCUCCCAGUUAUUUAGCAGCAUAAUAGUGAUAAUUUUCCCAGAAAAUAUUGUUGUUUGCACUGUUUCAGCUCAUCAUUUACAUACUUUUUUGUUCAGAUCUGUAAAUUGUAUCUUUUAUUAUGGUUCUAAUGUAUGUAAUCAUAGUGUACAGGUUAUAUUAGCCCCCUUAUAUAUUUUUUUUCUAUACAUAUUUCUAAACAUUUAACACUGCACUUGCUAUAGGUUUUGUUUGUUUCCUUUGCUGCAGCUUUCAUUCAUGAAGCAAGUCCUGUUACAGUAAUGCAAGUGAUACUUCAAUAGAAUCAUAUAAUUAAGACUUGGGUGGCUGAAACUGAAGUGGAAAGAGCUGAAAACGGCACCGACAUAUUAUCAUUAUAAAGUUGUCUUGACUAAGGUGUUGCCUAGUUACACAUCAAGCACCUCUAUACCAACCCUUGACAAAAAUAUGUGGCUCUUUACCUGCUAAAUGCCCAAGUUUGAUGUUACUGACACUGUUGAAUGAACUUACCCACCAUGCUGUACUGAAAGCAGAUUCAUGUGGUCAUUAAAUGAUUCAAAUUCAGAUGUUCCCCCUUUCUUCAUCAGCUAGUUGCUAACUUUGUCUGUAUGCUGUUUGAUGCUGGGCAGGUAGAGUACAGUGGAUUUAUGUGACCUUGUUUUCUGACAACAUCCGCCUGCCGCUGGGUCGAUGAGAGACCGAACCAGACAGUAAAUAUGCAGUAAAACCAAAACGAUGAGCUGAAAGAGGCUAAAAAAAAGCCUCAUAACAUGCUGCAUAAUUCACUCUGGGUUCACAACGACUGUCACCUUUCAAAAUACAUGUAGUAAUGUCAUCCAUUAUUUCCAUGAAAAUAUUGACUAAUGCAUCUUUAAAAUGUCUCAUAUGUGUCUUUAAAUCUUUUAGUAAGGUUACCGUGUGUUGAUUUCAUAAAAGCCACUCGUCAGGUUUGUAAGUUGCUUCAGUUUUUUAUAAAAUGUCCAUGUUUUCUUUGUAAAACUUAAGUGAAACAAUUAAAUUAUGAGGUAGAAAGAAGGUUAGUUGCCCAUAAAUGUCAUACAGCCUUACUGAUCAAGAUGACUGGCGACUAAUUUAGAAUUAAUUCAUUUUGCAUUGUUAAAACAAAUGACACAGCACUCAAAUGAAUCCUUAAGAUAUAACCAAGCUCAAAUUAAACAAAGCAAGGGGACAAAAUCAACUUAAGCAUAGACUGUACCAAAUUAAUAGUUAUGAUUGGAAUUGAUUUUCUUAUUUGAAAUUUUCUCAGUCCAAAUUUCCUGGGCAGGUGCCUCCAGAUGCAUAUCUUACAUCUUCAACCAAUGCCUUUUAAUCAUGACAAUCUCUUGAACCAAUUUGCCAGCUUUUAUCUUUGACUUCCUUCUUAUGUUGCUUCUUACUAUCGUUUUUAUCAAAUUUCAUUUGAAUUUGUAGAAUAUGUUUGUCCCUUUUGCUUAAAUCUAGUAUUCAGUUGUGCCACAGUUGUGUCUUACGUUUACUUCACUGUCUUAAAUCAUGUUUUAAGAAAGCAUCUCUUUCAUAAACCUUCUCAGUCUUUAAUGUAGUUUUUGAAUUCACUUUGAAAGUUUACACUGUUUGAAGAGUCAUGUUGUGCCUGUUAUUAACUCUUCUGUCUGAUCCUCUGUAAAGUUUGUGAGCUACUGAAUAUUUUAAUGCAUUAUUGAUAAUAGAUAACAAAACAGAGGAAAAAGAGAACAGUAGUCCUUAUGUUGUUUUUGUGCUCAAUAUAUCAAAACAACUAAUCAAUCCAAGUACCUCCAAGAGCUUUUAUUUUUGGAAAUCCUCUGUGUGUGAAUUCUCUCUGAUGCCUGCGGUUUGUACACGUUUGUUCAGUUUUCACUGUGUGUAUCGAUGCCUGUGUGUGUUUGUUGGGUUUGUUGCACUGUUAGCAUGUUUGACACCACAAGAAUGGAAUGACCUGUGAUGCGUUUAGUGUUUCUGAUGUCAGAGCUGCAAAUAAAUCUCUGUGUUUGUUUUUA